AAAGAAACCCACAGGGAGAUGACACAGAGGACAUUUGCACAAACGGAGCAGACUUCACAGAACUUUAGAGACUCCGCAGUGAUUGCUCUUAACAGUGGAACUACUGAAGCUUCUUUCCCAAAGUCUCGUAGUUGUACCUGAUAGAGCUUUGGCCGGAGCUGGGGAAGCACGACCUGUCCCUCCGUCUCUCCGCUAUGGGAGUGGAAUGCCCUUUGUGUCUUUCUCACCGCGGUACCUGGUUCACAUUACAAGAGCUUCAUCUACUUGAAACUGGUUCUUAGCUGCUGGUUUUGGCGGUCGGUGGUCGGUGGGAGAGCUGCGAUGAACGGGGCGGCUCUCGGCCUCUGUAACAUGGUGACAAGGCACAUACGCUGAUACACGGCCCUUCUCAUGUACCAUCUGAGGACAAUGGCCAGCAUGAUGAGAGUUUUUCUGAUCCUUCUUUGGACAAUGAACUUGGUUGAGGCAAAUGUACCUCAAGCUGCAGGAGUUCAGGUUUUCCCACCUGUUAACUUCACCCUUACAGUCUCUGCGUUAGCACAAGUACUUUUACACUGGAAACCAAACCCCAAUCAAGAACAAAAAAACUACACGAUUAGAUAUGAUGUGAAAAUCCUAAGCCCUGUGCCUGAAGAGUAUGAUACAAAGAAGACUUACAGUAUCCAAACAGCUGCACUUCACAACGGUUUCUCCGCACACAUUCGGACAUUACUUUUCCAUAACGACCUUCAGAUGAGAAGUGACUGGGUGAAAGAAGAACUUCCGCCUCUGCCAGGUGCCCCAGAGACAUCUGUCACUAAUUUGUCCUGUGUUACUCGCAUCACCAUUUCUAGUACUGUUUCUCUCCAUUGCUUGUGGCUUCCUGGCCCAGGGGCACCAGAAGAUACUGAGUACUUUCUAUUUUACAGGUAUGAGACACACACUGAAGAAUGUCGAGAUUAUAUGAAAGACAAGUGGAACAGGAAUACUGAGUGCAGAUUUUUAGUGACUCAUAUUGAUCCUGAAGAGGUUGACAAACUCAUUGUAGUACACAUUAACGGGUCUAGCAAGUAUGCUACAAUCAAGCCUUUCCAGCAGUUAUUUAACCAAAAUGCCAUUGAGAAAGUGAAUGUUCCCAGAAAUGUCACUGUAUUCUUGGAGCAAAAUGAUCUCCUGGCCACAUGGGAGAAGCCAGUUUCUCCUUUUCGUAAAGAAUGUUUUGAAUAUGAAUUUUACCUCUCCAACUUGAAGUCAGGCAACAGACAGAUAUUGAAAAUAUCCUCAAAUGACUUCAGAUUACGGAUUGAUGUCACCAGCAGGUAUUCCGUACGAAUAAGAGCUAAUCAUCACAUAUGCUGUAUGAGAGGAUUUUGGAGUGACUGGAGUGAAAUUAUUUAUGUUGGGCAAAACAAACUGGAGAAUCUUGCAGCCUGGAUUCUCGCUGUGCUUUGUGUGUUCACGUGCUGCGCGUUCCUGCUUGUUGCUACAAUAUGCAAAAUAAACCACGUAUGGAGUAAACUGUUCCCACCAAUUCCAACACCCAGCAACAAAUUCCGAGAUCUCUUCCCAAAUGACUACGAGAGAGCACGUACCUGCACCAGCGAGACAGAGACCGAGUUCGGGAGCUUCGCUGAGGAUCCCUACUGCGUCGCCCUCGAUGACUCUGUCUUCUGAGAGGCUGCGGGGCUGGCGA